AUGCUUCGACUCACCACCCUUCUCCUCCUCCUCUCGCUCAGCCUCUGCUCCCUUGCGCAGCCAGGCCACGACUCUGGGCUGUCCCGUUUCACCCGCAAAAAGUAUGUCACAAUCAGCGGUAAGCGCAUGGCCUACGUGGAAGUCGGCACUGGCGACCCCAUUGUCUUCCUGCACGGCAACCCGACCUCCUCGUACCUGUGGCGCAAUAUCAUGCCCUUCCUCGAAGGCAAAGGGCGUCUCAUCGCCCCGGAUUUAAUCGGCAUGGGCGAUUCCGACAAGCUCGACAACAGCGGCCCAAACCGCUACACUUUCGUCGAGCACAGCAACUACCUCUUCGCGCUGCUCGAGGCCAUCGGUGUGAAGGAGCGCGUCACCCUGGUCAUCCAUGACUGGGGUUCUGCUCUCGGAUUUCUGUGGGCCUACUACAACCGCAAAAAUCCCAACGCAGUCAAGGCCAUCGUGUUCUUCGAGGCGUUUGUCGCCCCCUUUCCCUCGCUCGACGAGCUUCCAGACGGCGGAGAGGACUUCUUCCGCCGCUUGAGGAGCCCGGCGGGCGAGAAACUGGUGCUGCAGGAGAAUUUCUUCCUCGAGGAUGUCCUCUUUGAUACAGGCAAUUUCAGCGAAAAGGAUAAAGCGGUGUAUCGCAGGCCGUAUUUGAAACCGGGAGAGUCGCGUAGGCCAAUGCUGACGUGGCCGAGGCAGGUUCCCAUCCGUGGUAAGCCGGCGGAUGUCACCGCACUGAUCGGUGCGUACUCAAGGUGGCUCGAGAAGGCAAAGAUUAGGAAGUUGUUCAUUAACGCCAAGCCGGGCGGCCUUUCACGUUUUUCCAGGCCGAUUGUGCGGAAGUGGCCUAUGCUGACGGAAGUUACGGUUCCGGGGUUUCAUUUCCUACAGGAGUCGACCCCUGGCAGAAUCGGCCGGGCUAUUAAGAAGUGGUUGUGAAUUGUAUAAGAAUGGAUUGUGGCAGAGCUGCUGCCUGUGUGAUAUUAUCGUUAACUAAAUGAUGGACUGCGAGUUUAUGUUCAAGUGACUGCACAAGCAGUUAGAGCAUCACCACCGGUAGAAGCAAAUAACCAAAUAACCAAAAUUUGAUGAUUUGAUGUCGAUUGUCAUGCCCACCGGUCCGACCAAAUCAGUAAAUUUUUGGUUCCGAGGCAAAUAUCGGAACCAAAUAUCAAGAAUUAGGUUCCGCUUCUCCGUAUUUAGUACCCUAGACAAUCCAGUUGUCCAAGGCUCACUGGUCAGACAAAAAGACUUCCCUCCAAAAAACAUGACGAAGGGGUUUCGUGGCAAAACAAGCGGCAGUCUCCCGCCAUCUCUCCUCUUCAAAUGCCACAAGACCAGCACGGAUUUUAUUGUUUUCCGGUAGGGAUGCUCCGCACUGGUCGGUGAAGGCAUCUCUGAGAGCAUCCCCCCUGUUGGUCAUCAAGCGCAAGCUCGGUGAUGACAAAAUGAGUUCCCCCUUUUCAGGCUCGCUACCCCCCUCUUCCCUGGAUCCUUCCAUCUAUGGGACCCCAACACGUUCAGCUUCGGUUCCGUUAACGUCUUCAGAGUCCGUCACUGCGACUCCUCGUAGGAGGGGACACGGGUGAGUACGAGGGUCAGUAAGAGCGUACUACACAGUAUUUGGUUCUGACCGGUGGGGCCGUCCUUUUUGAAAUAUCAAAUAACCAAAGAAGCAAAUCACCAAAUUCCCACCAGCCAAUUGAGUUCUAGAAAAAAAGUGCCAAGUGUUCUUGUUUGGU